UUCAGCCGUCACCGUCGUCGUUCAGGGAGGUGGUGGAGGCCGAGAGAGAUGGCUAUUCUGUGUACUGCAAGAGAGGGAGGAGGAGAAUCGCCAUGGAAGAUCGCUAUUCCGCCGCCGUUGAUCUCCAAGGACACUCUAAAGAGGCGUUUUUUGGUGUAUUUGAUGGACAUGGGGGUGCAAAAGCUGCAGAAUUUGCAGCAAAUAACUUGGAGAGAAACAUUUUGAAUGAACUGGAAAGAAUGUCUGAAAACGAGAGAGAUUUUGAGCAGGCCAUUAAGCAUGGCUACCUCACCACAGAUUCUGAUUUCCUCAAGGAGAAUCACCUCGGUGGCUCCUGUUGUGUGACAGCCCUAAUCCAGAAAGGCAACCUCGUCAUCUCCAACGCUGGUGACUGCCGUGCCGUUCUCAGCAGCGAGGGCGUCGCAGAGGCCAUCACCUCCGACCACCGCCCAGCCCGCAAAGACGAAAGGCACAGAAUCGAGUCCACGGGUGGAUAUGUUGAUCUGUGCAAUGGCGUUUGGAGAGUCCAGGGAUCUCUGGCUGUAACAAGAGGGAUUGGGGAUGCCCACCUCAAACAAUGGGUGAUAGCCGAGCCCGAGACGAGGUCGUUCCCGAUCGAGCCUCGACACGAGUUCUUGAUCCUGGCCUCGGACGGGUUAUGGGAAACAGUAGGGAAUCAAGAAGCAGUGGACAUUGCCCAUCCAUUGAUGGUGGGGAUUGAGAAGGCAGAGCCAUUGGUGGCCUGCAAAAAGCUUGUGGAGCUAUCUCUUGCAAGAGGCUCAGUUGAUGACAUUAGUGUAAUACUAAUUCAAUUGGCUAACUUCAUCUAAUUUUUUAUUUUUCUUUUACUAUAGAGAAGAUGCUGCUGUAAUAUUAUGAGUGAGAGAGGGCUGAGAGGGGAAAUUAGCCUUCAAAACUAAUUUCCUUUUGCUCUCUUGGGUUUUGUUAAUUAGUGUAAUUGAGACUCAUGACUUAAUUAUUUUGUAUUUAUGACUCCAAAUUCUAAUAAUACCUUUUUGGUUCAAAUCU